AUGAAUGAAAAUAAGGAAAAUACCAAUGAUAUAAAAGAUAACAUCACAAAUUCUUCAAAUGACAAUUCUACUCAACAAGGGGAUUCAAAUGAUAAGCAAUUAAAUCAAGAAAAUUCUGAAAAUGAAAAUCAAAAUGAAGAUGAAGAAGAAGUAUACUCUCCAUUCUUAAAUUACCGAGACUCGUAUGAGCCUGCUGCCGAAAGGCCAUUGAGAUAUGGCGAAAAUAUUGAAUCUGUCAAACCAUAUAAACCAAGAAGCGAACUUGACAAUAAUAACCCCGAUUUAUUUCAACCAGGCGAUAUUAUACGUGUUCCUUAUCUUCCUUUUGAAGAAGAUCCAGAAAAUCCAAAUAUUUUAAUUCAUCAUACAUUAAGAGACGAAUUUCUUUCAUACCUUGCAUUAGACCAGCACGUUCCUCUCAAUUCUAUUUUAGAAAGAAGCAAAAUUGUUAACAUGGAUGCCAAUUUAACGAAUAUCAUUGUAUAUAUUGAAAAAAUACCAAAGCCAAUUUACAGUAGAAAGUACCAGCUAUUUGCUAUUUCAAUUAUAUGUCGCUCAGAAUUUGAAUGUUUAGAUGAUCCUGUUAUUGCUGUUAUUGAUGGACUAGAAGUAUGCUUUAAUAAGAAAUCACAACAUCUCGAAUCAAAUAUUUAUACUUUAUGCAAUAAUUUUGAUGAAUUACAAGAAAAAAUUUCAAAAUACCAGGCAAAGGAGUUCUUCAUCAUAGAUGAUGCAGAUAAAAACAUAUCCAGCUUUUUGAGUAGCCAAAACAUUGAAUUUUAUGAUAUUUCGGAAGUGAAACAAGAAAUUUAUGAAAAAGGCCAAUUAUUUAUGGGAAUAUUUAAUUAUGGAAUAGGACUAGCUGAAACUGAUGCAGAUUUUUAUAUUCGCGAUGACCAAUUCGCUCAAAGAUUAAAAUUUGUUUAUUUAUCUGUUGUUUCCCUUUGGAAUCUAUUAACAGAUGAAUAUAAAUCAAUGAUGAUUGAUGAAUAUGCAAAUUACGUAAAGAAAGGCGCUUCUCUUGACCAAAUUAAGGACUAUUUCAAAAGAUUAGUCAAAAUGGCUGCAGUUAUCAAUGGAAAAACAGUUUACGAGUAUAUUAUACAUGUAAUUACGCAAGCACCAAGGCUUUUUAAUGAGAGAUUGAUUAGAAAUUUGAAUGAUGACUGGAAGAACCUCAGAAGCUUCUACAAAUCAAAGGUUGAAGGCAUCAGAAUACGUUACAAGAGGACACAAUAUGAAGCUGCUUCAAAUAACCUCCAAAUGAACGCAAAAACUGUUAUUCAACACAGCGAUAAGAUACAUGACGAAUUGGCCAGUACUAAGUCAGGAAAAUAUGCUGCAAAUCAAAUUGAUUUCGCAAUGGAUAUUGAUAUGACUCAAUUACUUGAAGAAAUGAAAUUGACAUUAAAAAAGAAUGUAACUGGUACCCAAUAA